GCACUUCCUCUUUAAAACAGGUACUGGCACCACCCCCCUCUUCUCCACAGCCACUCCGGGCUACACCAUGGCUACCGGCUCGGUGUACUCKCCCCCCACCAGACCGCUGCCCAGGAACACGCUCUCCCGUUCUGCUUUUAAGUUCAAGAAGUCCUCCAAGUAUUGCUCAUGGCGCGAUGCACCUGUUUGGUUUGAACUGGCAGCUUCAGGACACUGAGGGAUAUGGAGCGUUUGAAAAUGGAGGAAGAGAAACAACUCCCAACAACUUCGUAGUCUCUACAGACAACGGUAAGAUCUURCUUCUGGAGAACAGCACCAUCGACACAGGAGAGGUGGACGUGGGGAGACGAGUCGUUCAAGACGUCCCACCAGGUGUAUUUUGGAGGUCCCACAUGUAUAUUGAUCAACCACAGUUCUUAAAAUUCAACAUAUCUGUCCAGAAAGAUGCUUUGGUUGGUGUUUAUGGACGCAAAGGUUUACCACCCUCACACACACAGUACGACUUUGUGGAGCUGCUGGAUGGUAGUCGUCUUAUUUCCAAAGACAAGAGAGCGCUCCGUGACACAGACUCGGUGUACGCACACCUGGAUGGUUUCCAUGCUGAGGAGUCUGAUGGUGGGUCUCGACACGCACGCUCAGUCACCGUGCUGGAAGCUGGGUUCAUCCAGUACCUGGACACGGGGAUUUGGCACGUGGCCGUUUACAACGAUGGACGMAACACAGAACAAGUUUUCUACAACACCAUCACUAUAGAAUCCAUUAUGGAGUGUCCUCAGAACUGCCAUGGGAAUGGUGACUGUCUCUCAGGAAUAUGRCACUGUUUCCCAGGCUUCUUACGGCCUGACUGCUCUCGAGCUGCCUGUCCAGUGCUCUGCAGUGGUAACGGUCAGUACUCGCGAGGCCGCUGCCAGUGCUACAGUGGGUGGAAAGGCACGGAGUGUGACGUGCCGUCCAACCAGUGCAUCGACAUCAACUGUGGAGGACACGGCAUCUGCAUGAAGGGCUCCUGUAUCUGCAACACUGGGUAUAAAGGAGACAACUGUGAGGAAGUGGACUGCAUCGACCCCAGCUGUUCAGCCCACGGGGUGUGUAUCCACGGGGAGUGUCACUGCCAGCCAGGAUGGGGGGGAGCGAGCUGUGAAAUAGCCAAGGCCAUGUGUCCGGACCAGUGUUCAGGCCACGGCACCUAUAACGCAGAGACCAGCACCUGUGCCUGCAACCAGAACUGGACUGGACCAGACUGCUCUUUAGAGGUGUGUGAAGUGGACUGUGGCCACCAUGGGAUGUGUUACGGUGGUGUGUGUCGCUGUGAGGAGGGGUGGACAGGAAGUGUGUGUGAGCAGAAGGCCUGCCACCCUCUCUGCAACAAGAACGGAGUCUGCAAGGACGGCAAGUGUGAGUGUGACCAAGGAUGGACAGGGGAGCACUGUAAUAUAGCUCACAAUCCGGACAUUAGAGUCAAAGGAUACAAAGAGGGCUGCCCAGGGCUCUGCAACAAUAACGGGCGGUGCACCCUGGAGGCCAGCGGGUGGCACUGCAUCUGCCAGCCAGGCUGGAGAGGAGCUGGCUGUCAUGUGGCCAUGGAGACACUGUGUACUGAUGGCAAAGACAAUGAAGGAGACAGUUUGGCUGACUGCAUGGACCCAGACUGCUGUCUGCAGCCCUCCUGUCAGAACCAGAUGUAUUGCAAAGGCUCACCAGACCCAGCGGAGGUGCUCAGCCAGUCUCUGUCCUCUUUGGUUCCUCAACAGGUUGCCAGAUAUUUCCAUCAGCGCAUUCACUUUUUGGUUGGACCUGAAUCCACCCAUGUCAUCACUGGAGAGAGUCCGUUUAAUAAAAGCUUGGUGUCAGUGAUCCGAGGCCAGGUGCUGACUUCUGAUGGGACCCCCCUGAUUGGAGUUAACGUGACAUUUCUUCACUAUCCUGAUCACGGCUACACCAUAACACGCAGUGAUGGCAUGUUUGAUCUCCUGGCCAGUGGAGGAGCCUCGUUAACGUUAGGUUUCGAGCGUGCUCCUUUUCUCACUCAGUACAGAACCGUGUGGGUUCCGUGGAACGUCUUCUAUGUGAUGGACACGCUGGUCAUGAAGAAGGAGGAGAAUGAUAUUCCAAGCUGUGACCUCAGUGGAUUUGUCAGACCCAGUCCAGUCAUCGUUGCUUCUCCUCUGUCUACAUUUUACAGAGGAUCUCAUGACAAUGGGCCCAUUAUUCCUGAAACUCAGUGGGCUUUGAAUAUGAGUCCUGCCUGGACCUCAUCCUGUGGGAGAAGAGGACAGCCGUAUUACAAGGCUAUGAGAUGGAUGCUUCCAACAUGGGAGGAUGGACGCUGGAUAAACAUCACGUUCUGGAUGUCCAGAACGGUAUUCUGUAUAAGGGAAAUGGUGAAAACAUCUUCAUCUCCCAGCAGCCUCCUGUCAUCAGCAGCAUCAUGGGAAAUGGUCGUCGUCGGAGCAUCUCCUGCCCCAGCUGUAACGGACAAGCUGAAGGAAACAAGCUGCUGGCSCCACUGGCUCUUGCCUGUGGAGCAGAUGGCAGCAUUUUUGUUGGAGACUUCAACUACAUCAGGAGGAUCUUCCCCUCGGGGAACGUUACGAGUGUCAUGGAGCUGAGAAACAAAGAUUUCAGGCAUAGUAUGGUUUUUCCUCCCACAGGGAUUGCAGUUGAUAAAAAUGGGCUGAUCUUCUUUGUGGAUGGAACAAUGAUCAGGAAAGUAGAUCGCAAUGGAAUCAUCUCCACAAUGCUGGGCAGCAACGAUCUGACCUCUGCACGACCUUUGACCUGCGAUACCAGCAUGCACAUCAGACAGGUUCGAUUGGAGUGGCCCACAGAUCUAGCCAUCAAUCCCAUGGAUAACUCCAUUUAUGUCCUGGACAACAACGUGGUGCUACAGAUUACUGAAAAUGGACAGGUUCGUAUUGUGGCAGGGCGGCCCAUGCACUGCCAGGUACCUGGCAUCGAGUACACCCUGAGUAGGAGAGCAGUGCAAACCAUGCUGGAGGGUGCCUCAGCCAUCGCCUUGUCCUUCAGUGGUGUCCUGUACAUCGCAGAGACAGACGAGAAGAAAAUUCAUCGCAUCCGACAAGUAUCAACUGAUGGAGAAAUUACCCAUCUAGCUGGUGCAACAUCUGACUGUGACUGCAAGAACGAUGCUAACUGUGACUGCUAUCAAACGGGUGAUGGCUAUGCUAAAGAUGCCAGGCUYAACUGUCCUUCGUCUUUGGUGGUGUCUCCUGAUGGGACACUGUACGUGGCUGAUCUGGGAAACAUUCGGAUCCGAGCUGUUCGACGCAACCUACCACACACUGCAAUGAGGAGGAUGUAACGGCUGUGACAGACAGCAGCGGGAACACGCUGCGCAUUCGUAGAGACACCAACAGGAUGCCUGUCCGUGUGGUCGCUCCUGAUAAUCAGGUCAUUUGGCUGACCAUAGGGACUAACGGAGGUCUAAAGUCUCUGACAGCUCAGGGCCAGGAGCUGGUUUUAUUUACCUACCAUGGAAACAGUGGAUUACUGGCAACAAAAAGCCUGCAGAUUGGCUGGACUACGUUUUAUGACUACGACAGUGAGGGCCGUCUGACAAACGUGACCUUCCCCACUGGAGUGGUCACCAACCUGCAUGGAGACAUGUCAUCUGGAGCUGUUACAGUCGACAUAGAGACAUCAGGGAGGGAUGAGGAUGUUUCCAUCACUACAAACCUGUCAUCUAUAGAGUCCUUCUACACUUUGGUGCAGGAUCAGCUUCGAAACAGCUACCAAGUGGGCAAUGACCAUUCAAUGAGGGUGGUCUAUGCCAGUGGGAUGGACACACACUACCAGACAGAACCACACAUACUUGCAGCACGGGUCAGGUGACAGGCCUCCAGAGGGGUCCGACAACAGAGAGGUGGGAGUACGACAGCCAGGGAAGAAUCAUCUCCAGAGUCUUUGCUGAUGGAAAGAUAUGGAGCUACACUUAUCUGGACAAGCUCCUCAGAGUCGCCCACCUCGGUACCGGCCGACGAAUACUGUACAAAUACCGCAAACAGAACAAGCUGGCAGAGAUCCUUUAUGACUCGACACGGGUCAGUUUUACCUACGAUAAGACUGCUGGCGUACUGAAGACAGUUAAUUUGCAAAGUGAAGGCUUCAUCUGCUCCAUUCGAUACCGUCAAAUCGGCCCGCUGGUUGAUCAGCAGAUUUUCCGCUUUAGCGAAGACGGGAUGGUGAAUGCACGUUUUGACUACACGUACGACAACAGCUUCAGGGUGACCAGCAUGCAGGCUGUGAUCAACGAGACGCCGCUGCCUAUCGAUCUCUAUCAGUUUGAUGAUAUCUCUGGGAAAGUGGAACAGUUUGGAAAGUUCGGAGUUAUCUAUUAUGACAUCAAUCAAAUCAUAUCCACAGCUGUGAUGACCUACACCAAACACUUUGACCAACAUGGACGCAUCAAGGAGAUCCAAUAUGAGAUCUUCAGGUCCCUGAUGUACUGGAUCACUAUCCAGUACGACAACAUGGGUCGGGUCACCAGGCGUGAGAUUAAGAUCGGACCAUUUGCCAACACGACCAGAUAUGUUUAUGAGUAUGAUGUUGACGGACAGCUGCAGACGGUCUCCCUCAAUGAGAAGCUCAUGUGGAGGUAUAAUUAUGACCUGAAUGGAAACCUGCACUUGCUGAACCCAGGAAACAGUGGUCGGUUGACCCCGCUACGCUAUGAUCUGAGGGACAGAAUCACUCGUCUGGGGGAUGUUCAGUACAGGCUGGAUGACGAUGGGGUUUUGAGACAGAGAGGAGCUGAGAUUUUUGAAUAUAAUUCCAAAGGUCUGUUGAUCCGUGUUUACAGCAAAGCAGCCAGUUGGACCAUCCAGUACCGUUAUGAUGGCUUAGGUCGGCGGGUGGCAUCGAAAAACAGUUUGGGCCAACACUUGCAGUUCUUUUAUGCAGAUUUAAACUACCCAACAAGGAUCACUCAUGUCUACAACCACUCCAGCUCUGAGAUCACAUCCUUCUACUACGACUUGCAGGGUCAUGUCUUUGCCAUGGAAAUCAGCAGUGGAGAUGAGUUUUACAUUGCAUGUGACAACACUGGGACUCCACUAGCUGUUUUCAGCAACAAUGGACUUCUGCUAAAACAAGUGCAAUAUACAGCGUAUGGUGAAGUGUACUUUGACUCAAACCCAGACUUUGUGCUGGUGAUUGGUUUCCAUGGGGGGCUGUAUGACCCACUGACACGACUGCUACAUUUUGGGAARAGAGAUUACGACAUUCCUGCAGGAAGAUGGACGACUCCUGACAUCAGCACUUGGGCACGAGUUGGAAAAGAUCCCCAGCCCUUUAACUUGUACAUGUUUCGAGGGAACAACCCCAUCAGCAAGAUUCAUCAGGUCAAAGAGUAUGUUACAGAUGUCAACAUCUGGUUGGUUACAUUUGGCUUUCAUCUCCACAAUGCCAUCCCAGGAUUCCCUAUUCCCCAGUUUGACCUGACAGAACCAUCACUGGAGAUGACAAAGAGCCAGCUGUGGGAUGACCUGCCUUCUAUUUCAGGUGUCCAGCAGGAGGUGAGCCGACAGUCUGCGUCCUUCCUGUCCUUUGAGCGUAUGCCUGAAAUCCAACUGACCCGACGACACUCAGACCACACCAGACCCUGGUUGUGGUUUGCCACCGUCAGGUCWCUGAUGGGGAAAGGAGUGAUGUUUGCCGUGGUCCAGGGACGUGUGGUCACCAAUGCUUUAAACAUCGCCAGUGAGGACUGCAUCAAAGUGGCUGGAGUCCUCAAUAAUGCCUUUUACCUUGAGGAUCUACAUUUUACCGUGGAGGGACGAGACACACACUACUUCAUCAAGACCAGUCUGCCUGAGAACGACCUGAGUGCACUUCGACUCACUUCYGGCAGGAAGUCCCUGGAAAACGGGGUGAAUGUCACCGUGUCCCAGUCUACGACCGUGAUGGGUGGAAGAACGCGUCGCUUUGCUGAUGUAGAGCUACAGUACGGUGCUCUGGUCCUCCAUGUGCGCUAUGGGACCACACUGGACGAGGAGAAGGCUCGAGUUCUGGAACAGGCCAGGCAGAGGGCUCUGCUGAGCGCCUGGGCUCGUGAACAGCAACGAGUYCGAGACGGAGAGGAAGGAGUCCGUCUGUGGACAGAGGGAGAGAAGAGGCAGCUGCUGAGCAGCGGCAAAGUGUUGGGAUAUGAUGGAUACUACAUCGAGCAGUACCCUGAACUAGCUGACAGUGCUAACAACAUCCAGUUCUUACGACAGAGCGAGAUAGGGAAGAGGUAACACGGCCUGAAGAAACUGUCCACCCUGGACUGUCAAAGACUAACAAAGAUGUCACUGAUUCAACUGAUUCAAACUGCAAAACUACCCACUGGCUCUGCUUUGGUUUCUUUUUGGUUUGUUUAGGAUUUUAAACCUAGUGAAGACCACAGUUGAUCUGAAACAUAAAAACUACAGAUGWGACUUAAUGAGGCUGGAACAGAGGCUGUUUUGACCAAUGCCUUCUCUCUCGUUCUGUCUCUAAUUGUUGUGAUUUGCCUUCAGGCUGCACGCAGGUCCUUCCACUUCAGAGUGUUAGGCUGGGCCAACCUGACUGCCUUUUCUAUCUGCUUCUCAAAGACUUGGAUAUAAAAAGGACAUCAAUAGUUCAGAUGGCCUACUGUUUGAGCAGCCAUCACAAGCAUUUAAACAGCUGCAAACUUAUGGGCUGCCGUUUGUAAAGUUACAC